UUUUAAAGUCACGCUCCUGGAUCAGUUUCUUCGACGGCUCUGUUUUAGUUUCUCUCGCGGUUCUCUUCGCCCCUCCGUCCCUCUCGUCGCUCCCUCAACUUGCUCUCACUUUCAUGUUCCGGUGACGGUGAGAUGGAAGAAGCUGAUUCAAAGAUGUGGCCCGAGUUAAUGGCUAAAGCUUUGGUAGAUACUAUAGAUAAACUUCAUGAGUUGAGUGAAGCACUUGCAGCAUGGACUGAAGUACAUAAGGCAAAAGCUGAGAGAUAUAAAGGUGAGAUAAGUAAGGAGACCACUUCUUCGUCGGAUUAUUCUCUUGCCAAGUGUGUGAUUGCUCUUGAGGAGAUGGGGUACGUCCAUGAAGAUAGUUAUGUGAAAGCCUUGAAAACCUUGAAGGACGACCCUGGAUGGAGAGAAAUUUUUCUUACCAUGACUCGUGACAAGAAAAAGCGAUGGCUACGUCUUAAUGAAAAUAGAUGCUUAUGAGUCUUUAUUUUGUUAUUGAACUUUAUGACAAUGCCAUUAAAUUUGUGAGCUUGGGUUGGUGAGGUCUUACGAGCCUUUAUUCUGUCAUUGAACGUUUAUGGUUAUUAUGUCAUUAAACUUGAGAGUU